AUGAAGCUUCUGAUAGCGGCAGCCAUAAGAGAGGGCGUCAUCACAAACUAUGACCCGACCAGCCUUCAGUACCAUUGUGUGGUGUGCCCCAGGACGGGGACCGGGGAAAUCCUCAUUCAUCUCAAAAGUAAAGAACACAAGAACAGUCUUAUAUGGGAGGCUGUGAAAGGCACCCUGCACUUGGAGUUCUCCCUCAGUCAUCUUUCUGAUGUCGUCCGCGAAGCAAAACUCAACAACGAAGUGACGACUGUUGAUAAAAGUCAUUUUUCGUAUCAGUGUAAAAUCUGUGUAGGAAAGAAACCAUUUAACGGGUUGGCUCCUCUUGAAGCUCACCUGAGAGGACAACCACAUAAGAAAGAAAAGGAGAGCAACAAAUUUCUGUCUACUCUGCCAGAUAAAGAUCCUGGUGUUUCCAAGCCACCUAAUCCCACCUACACACCACAGCCCUACACACCACAGACCAGCAACACACCAACACAGGCUAGCUACACACCAGCACAGCCCAAUUACACACUAUCACAGCCCUCCUACACACCACAGACCAGCAACACAUCCCUACAGCCCACCUACACAUCCCUACAGCCCACCUACACAUCCCCACAGCCUUCUUCAGUCCUCCAACAAACCGCAGCCAGCGGUGGUCAUCUGCCCUCGAGGGUUGUAUCCGACUUGGUGAGUUCGGAGAUCCUGACCCCCGAGGCGAGAGAAGCCAUCAGUUCGGGGAUAGUGAGAGAGAAUGAGAUGUCCUACUUCUGCAACCUCUGCCAGGUGCCACUGACAGGUGACGCACCCUUGAACCAACAUAUCAAGGGCACUAGACACAAGAAGGCCCAGAAGGUGGCCCUGCAGCAUCAACACCUGCCGGAUAUUGGAGCCCUAACUCUAACACCUGACUCACGCAUGUUGAUCAACAGCCCAAAUGCGGAUCAUCCUCCCCCUACCACUAACCAGAUUGACGGUGUGUUGCCAUUUCCGUGGACUGUGAAGUCGUGCGCGAGUCCCAUACCACCGUCUGAGAAAGUCUACCGGAACCUCAGUACGCCCCGGGGUCUGGUUUGUAUCUUCAAUUACCAUUUUUCUGGCCAAAACACGCGGUUGGGAGCGAGGACUGACUCACACAACCUCAAAACCUUAUUUACUAGGAUGGGUUACCGAGUUUACCUGUACGAGGACCUCACCAAACAAGGGACACUAGAUCAACUGAAGAACAUUCAGCAGGACAAAGAUCUUGCAAUCUACGACUCCUUCAUCUUGAUUGUUCUUAGUCACGGCGUAAAAGACUUGAUGUUUUGUACCAACGGCAUCGAGCUAACAGAGAAGCUAAGUCUGGAUGAUGUGCGUUACCACUUCGUUGACGGCUCGUGUCCCAACCUGAGGAACAAACCCAAGAUAUUCCUGGCGAACUUCUGCCGCGGAGAGACGCAGGAGGAAUCACGGUCCUUGCAGACAGAUUCCAUCACAUCCCAAAUCACUAAUGCUCCUCAAGAUAUGAAGACCAUUUACGCCAGCAUCAACAACUUCCGUGCGUUGAGAGAUCCGGGGAGAGGUACUGUAUUUGUGCAGGCGCUGUGUGACGUCCUGGCUAAUCACGCCCAUGACAGUGAGCUAAGUGACCUCUACCUCGAACUGUGUAAGAACAUGCAGUCAAAGGCUGGAACCACCCCGGAGGAACAGAACUAUAGAUUCAAGCAGUUCUAUUUCAACCCGUUGUAAGGGAAGUGAAUAUAAAGUAACCAUACUGAUCCAAUAUAAUACUAGAUGAAAAAAUAAAAACAUAAUGGAAAUAUUUAUUGAAGAAUGAAAUAUCAGAUGAAAUGGGUUAAUUUAAUGUGUGGGAUAAAUUGUUACAUUAUUUACACGUAUAACAAGCGAUGUAUCGGCAGAGAAUAAGAGCAUAAGAAAAAGGUUAAGUUAAAACUACUGACGAAGGAAGUACCAACAGCUAAUACUGUAAUAGAAAUGUUGACUGAGAAAUAUAGACGAUAUAAGGAAAGCAAUUGAAUCCCUAACUCACACACACACACUGUAACACUCUCUCCAAAAAAGUGGUGAUCGAUGAAUUCAAAAUGAACACUGUGACUCCUGUUGUCUCGAAAGGUUUGUCAAAAUCCAACGUCCGUUGUGUCAUAUUGUUUCACAAAGUCGUAAAUAUACUUUUUGGAUGAAGUAUUACGUCCAGGAAGGAGCAGAGUGCUGGUAGACUUUACUGAUUUGUUGUUAUAACCCAAGUGUAUCAGACUCAACCUCUGGAUGGUGAUCUAACUAUUAAGGAAAAAUCUUUUGUAUGCCAUUUAUCCAUAUGAUUAGUAUUGUAUAUAAUAAACAGUAAAUUAAAAACAUGGUAA